GCUGCCUCUGGGCUGCAGCCCCCCGCCGCGGUGCGUCCGACGACGCCCAGCGCGGUGGCGGCCGCUGGAGGCCGGUCCCACGCGCCUUCGGAUCCUGCGCCGGCGGCGGCGCCGCCGCCAGCCCUCCACGCGCCGGUGACGCCUUUGCGACGCGCCUACACCACUGGCGACCUCGAUGCCGUGGAGCGUUCCCCGAGGCGGUUGUCUCGGGGCACUGCGUCUCCUGGGGACGACCCGCAGAAUCAAGCGCUGCAUGGGCACGUGCCGAGCUCGUCCUCGUCGCAGGCGCCCGAGGGCGCCCGGCUCGAGACGGCCCGGCGCGAAGGAGCGGCGGGGCCGGGUCAACCUCAUGGCCUCGCUCUUCGGCCGCCGCGGCUCCUCCGCGCUGGCGCCCCAGGCAGAUUCAAGAUCACGACGCCCUCGCAGCCCGCGCAGGCGCCCUGCAACGCCUCGUCCGGCCCGCCCUCGGAGAGCUCCGGCCGGGCGACGCCGCAGACCUACACGUCGAGGGGGCAAGAGGAGGACGCGGACGAGGAUGCGUGGGACGAGGACGUGGGCGAGGAGGACGAAGAGCACAAGCAGCAGGCCUGGAGCGGCGACGAGCGCGGCUUGCCGCCGGCGCGGCGGGGCUCCCUCGUGUCGGCCCUGUCGCGGCCGAGCCGCGACAGCCGAGGCUCGGACAGCAGGGUCAUCACCAUGCGGGCGCCGCUGGAGCACGAGGACGAGGGCAAGCUGGAGGAGCGCAUCCGGCGCGGCAUCCAGGACGCCGAGAGGCGCAGGAGGGCUGCGCAGCUCCGCCUGGACGACGUAAACCGCCUCAUGGAGAAGAGGACGACCGGCUGUGCUCCGAAGCCUGGCCGCGUCCGGCUCAUCCCGCUCCACGCGGCCCCGUGA